CCCUUACCCUUAGGCUUAGUCGCUUAGAGGCCGACAAGAAAAGGAAAAGCUACGCCUAUGCCAGUAUCAAAAAACCCAAAAUUUCAACUUUGCUUGGUUGCUGCGGCGGAUUCACGAGUUACGACUCACGACUACAAUAGCUUCACGACCUCGGGGACGGCGACUCCUCUCCUCGGCGAUUGCUUGUUUGCUCAUUGUUGACCUUCAUUCAGGCACAAUUUAUUUAUUUUAAAUUAGAAGACAAUGCCGCUGGGACUGCUAUUAGGUUUAGGGAGAAAUUUCAGAAGAAAACGUACUUCGUCUCUCGAUAUUCUUACUUCAAAAAGGGUUCCUCGGGGCUACUACAAGGGAAAGAAUUGCAAGCCUACUGGUUUUCACACUCGCAAAGGUGGUUAUGUUGUUAUGCAAGAGAAGCUGCCUAACUAUGUAGUUCCAGAUUUGACUGACUUCAAGCUGAAACCUUAUGUAUCCCAAUGCCCGAUAGAAAUUAAAAGCACAAGUACGGAGGCAAACGAAUCUGCAAAAUAAGGUAGAAGGAGAAAAAGGAUGAACAAUUUUCAAGUAUAUUAGGCUUUUCUCUGUUCUCAUUUCUAGCUAAACAUGAAAGCGACAAGUUGUUCUAGAGCAUCAUCUGUUGGGAUCAAGAAGUCGGGUCCUUUUUUUUUCUUUUCUAUUUUUAGGUACUCAACUUUUUAGCUAAACAUGACAUGGGUGACAUGAUCAACUCUCUAUUUGCUAUGGAGAUUAACUAGUUUGGUUGAAUA